UAAGCCGCAUGGGGAGACGUCAGCUCAAAGCUACAUGAUCGCAUCCCUCUGUGACAAGGAAAGGAUGUUCUGACAAUGCAGACUAAUUAAUUCAACUCUCCACAAGUUUUUUUGGGGGGGCUGUAAGGAGGGAUGCCCAAAUUUUAUCAGUCAGUGAACUAAAAAUUGAAGACUUUUUCUCUAAAGUGUCCCUGGAUAACGAAUCGUUAUGCCUGAUCUGUCUUUUAAAUGCAUUUGGUGGGUUUUGGUAUUGUUGGUGACCGGAUAUUGUUCCUUAGAUGCAGAUUCUGGAACUCACAAGGAUUAUUUACCAAAUGGAUAUAAAACUUUUUCGGAUGCCAGUGAAGUUUUGAAUCACUCGUUGGUGCCAGUUAAAGGUAAAACCGCGAGUUACAUGUCUGGUGAAGGGAAAAUGGCUCUUUCUAGACGGAAAAGAGACCUCCUGUUUCCCAGUGGAGUUAAACUUUGCUCACAUGAGACGGUGCAACAGGCAAUACAGAAUCAUCUCAACUACUUUCACCUGCGAGUGUGCCAGGAAACAAUUUGGGAGGCUUUCAAAAUCUUCUGGGAUCGCUUACCUGAGAAAGAAGAGUACCAAAUCUGGAUGAGGAAAUGUCAAAAUAGUAGUGUUAGCGUGUUUGACAUUGGCCGGAGCUUUAGCCAGUCAGCUGAGCACCUUGCUCUGAUUUCAAAUAGGGUAGGAGCGGCUUCAGUGACAUCAACAAGUGCGCCCACCAGCCCAUGGCAACCUGAAUGCAGACAUCAGACAAAGACUACUGGUCCAACACAAGCAAACGUGGCCACAACCCAACAAGUCAGUAUUCUGGUUCCUGGGACAGUAACAGAUUCACAGGACAUCACACCACAGACCACUGAAGACCAAAUCUUAUUCACCACUAUGGCUGCAGAGCUUCAGAUGACAAUUGGAAUCACUCCUGAGCCUGAUCGUAUCACAGCCUUUGAGGACUCGACAGGGAUAAGCACUAGUUCACCUAUAGAACUCACAAGUGUGGCCACUGUGAAACCUAUUUCAGAACCUGAACUGGAGGUAAAACUGGAUGCUACUGACAGUCCUGUCAAAAUAUUUAAUUUUACCAUUCAACAUGAAGAGGUUGAAAUAGUCUUAGAGUCUAAAUUAAUGACAGCUGAAAGAACUCCAGAGGAGUCUACUUCAAGAAUGUAUGAUUAUGAGAUUCCCACGGCUUUUGAGGACUUGCUAGGAAUAAACACUUCUCCUACAGUAGUCACCAGUGAUUUUACUGAAGAGCUUUAUUCAGAAACAGAGUUGGGACAGGAUGUUACCGAUGGUCCCGUUAACACAGCAGGUGUUACCAUUCAACAUGAAGCUGAUGUUGUCUCAGAGUUUACAUUAUUGACCACUGAUAGAACUCUAGAAGAUUAUACUUCCGAAAAAUAUGAGCAUGAUAUUCCUGCAACCUUGGAGGCUUCACCCGGGGUAAGCACUAAUACCCCUACGGAAAUCAUCAGCGAAUUCACUGAAGAGCUUCAUUCAGAAUCAGAACUGGAGAUGGGACAGGAUGCUACUCAGGGUCCGGUUAAGACAACAGGUGUUACUAUUCAACAUGAAGAGGUGGCCAUUGUCUCUGAGUCUACAUUAAUGACCACUGAUAGAACUCCUACUUCAGGAAAUUAUGAGUAUGUUAUUCCCACAUCCUUUGAGGACUCAAUAGGGAUAAUCACUAUUUUACCUACUGAGCUCACAAAUGAGGCCCUUGUGAGACAUGACGUUACUGAGGGUCCUGUUAAGACAGCAGAUGUUACCAUUCCACAUGAAGAGCUUGACAUUGUCUCAGAGUCUACACUGUUGACCACUGAUAUAAAUCCAGAAGAUUCUACUUCAGGAAAAUAUGAUUAUGAUAUUCCCACAACUUUUAAGGACUUGCUAGGGCUAAGUAACAGUACUCCUACAGAAAUCACUAGUGAAUCCACUGAAAAUAUAAUUUCUGUAACUAAACUGGACAUGGGGCAGGGUGCUACUAAAGGUCCUGUUAAAUCAGUAGAUGCUACAAUUCAACAUGUAGAAACUGAUGUUGUGUCAGAGGCUACACUGAUGUCCACUGGUAGAACUCCAGUAGAUUCCACCUCGAGAAAGUAUGAGACAGAUCUUCCCACAAUCCUUAAGGACUUGCCAGGAAUAGGUACUAAUGCUCCUGAAGUAGACACUAGAGAAUCUACAGAAAAUGUUAUUUCAAAAACUGAGAUUAAUGUUGGAUGGGGUGUUACCGAAAGUAAUGUUAAUUCAGCACUUGUUACCAUUCAGCAUGUAGAUGUAGACGUCUCAGAAGCUACAAUUAUGUCUACCGAUAGACCUCCGGUAGAUUCUCUUACAGAAAUAUCUCCUGUUCAGAAUGUCUUACCAGAGGAGCCAGUGCAGACAACUCCUACAGAAUUGAAAGAGGUUUCACCUAAUCCCUCCACAGAAGGGUUGCCAAAAGCUCUGACAGAUAAGGAUGUUGUCGAAAUCACAUAUGUGACCACAGUGCCAGAAAUUCUGUCACCCACUACAUCUGUAAAUGCAUCACCUGAUGUUGUAUCAACAGAGGAUGAACCUAAAGACAUUGAAAUUGUUACAUUACUUGACAAAAAGGAGGAGGAAGAGACACCCUACACUAAACCUACACCAGAGAUGACAACAAAUGAAGAACUACCAGGUACCAUGACAGAUUCUUCUACAGAAAUAUCUCCUGUUCAGAAUGUCUUACCAGAGGAGCCAGUGCAGACAACUCCUACAGAAUUGAAAGAGGUUUCACCUAAUCCCUCCACAGAAGGGUUGCCAAAAGCUCUGACAGAUAAGGAUGUUGUCGAAAUCACAUAUGUGACCACAGUGCCAGAACUUCUGUCACCCACUACACCUUCAAAUACAUCACCUGAUGUUGUAUCAACAGAGGAUGAACCUAAAGACAUUGAAAUUGUUACAUUACUUGACAAAAAGGAGGAGGAAGAGACACCCUACACUAAACCAACACCAAAGAUGACAACAAAUGAAGAACUACCAGGUACCAUGACAGAUUCUUCUACAGAAAUAUCUCCUGUUCAGAAUGUCUUACCAGAGGAGCCAGUGCAGACAACUCCUACAGAAUUGAAAGAGGUUUCACCUAAUCCCUCCACAGAAGGGUUGCCAAAAGCUCUGACAGAUAAGGAUGUUGUCGAAAUCACAUAUGUGACCACAGUGCCAGAAAUUCUGUCCCCCACUACACCUGUAAAUAUAUCACCUGAUGUUGUAUCAACAGAGGAUGAACCUAAAGACAUUGAAAUUGUUACAUUACUUGACAAAAAGGAGGAAGAGACACCCUACACUAAACCUACACCAGAGAUGACAACAAAUGAAGAACUACCAGGUACCAUGACAGAGAGUACUCAUGAAGAGUCAAAGGAAACACAUCAGCCUUUAAAUGUCUCAACUGAGUUUGAAGAGGAUCAGUUAGGUAAGGAAGAGGACAUUAUAACUGAGUCCCCAGAAGUUGCUGAGGUCACACCUGGAGAGACACCUAGAUUGACACAGGAAACUACAGAAGCUACCGAAUCUGUGUUUACUGAGAAAAACAUGCAUGUUGAUGAGGACAUAACUACCAUUGCGAGACCUGGUGAGAUGACAAAAGAGGCAACAGAAGUUGCUGGGGUUGAAUUUGAAGACAUUGACACAGACAAAGUGACAGUUCUUGAAAACACGCUUGAAGAUUUAGUUGGAGGAACAAGUGAAGCUAUUGCUGAAUUGGGUGAUGUAACUGAAGCUGUCAUCUUAGAAGAAUCAUCUGAGGAAAGUCCUGAAGAAACUUCUACUAAAAGAACAGAAACUUCUACUAAGACCACAAGUCAAACCACAACUGGAAUCACACCCAAGGCCACACUUGAUACUUCUUUUGACAUUGGUACCCCUGAAACUGACAUUGUAGAGUUUGUAACUAAAGGCAUGGAAGAUAAGCUAGAAGACACAACUAAAAUGGAUGAAGGUGAUCUGGAAACAAUUUUCAAAGUUGUUGAAGGCGCAAUGCCAGAUCUUAAUGUUAAUAAGUUGGAAAAAGAUAUACUGACAACUGCCAUAAACAAGGACAUACAUGAAGUUACAGAGCCACCAAAAAUUCCAGAGGACACACAUAAAGUUAUGGUGGAAAUCACACAUGAAGUCACAGAUGUGCAUGAGACCAGAGGAGACACCUUACCUGAGACACCUGAAGCUGCAACAGAGACACCGAAGGUCAUUACAGAAGCUGAUGUCACAAAAGAGACAACUCAUUUCAUAUCUCAAGCACCCAAAGUUAUACUGAAGACAGGUGGAGCCAUCUCAGAGACACCUGAGGUGACAUCUCAGACACCUUUGUUGAUAUCUGAACUUUCAGAGGUGACUGAGAGAGUACCUGAAACACCUGAGAUACAUGUGGUCCAUCCAGAACCUGCAGAGGACGACAUCCCAACUCCUAUCUUGAAAGUAGAGGAUAUCACAGUUGUACUAAAUGACUUGACAACUACUAUUCAAAAGACUUUCUCCACCACAUUACAAAACUUGCCACAGGACAUUUCUAAUGAUAUUUUAGAUGAAAACAGCAAGAUUGGAAAUGAAAUUGAUGACAUUAUGGUCCGACCAGCAUGUCCUGUCGGUGAUCAUAUUGUGGAGCUGAGUAUUAAGAUAAGAGGUGAAAGCUAUGAUGAUGCUCUGAGAGAUCCAUCAAGUUACUACUAUCAAUAUCUAUCCGAACUGUUCAUCGAUAAGAUUGAAGAAGUUUUUAAAAGGCUCCCAGGUUUCAAGAAAAUACUUGUGCUUGAAUUCAGGCCACAGAAGGACAUUGAAGGAGGCCUGGCAGUAGUGGUGCACUAUGCUGUGGUUCUUGAGGGCGAUGGUGUGGGCAUAAGUAAAGAGACCAUGGAUUACAUAAACCUACAUUCCAACAUGGUUGAGAACUCCUUCACAGAUCCUGAUGAGCUACCUACUGUUGUCUACACCAUCACUGACUUCCGAAACUACAUCACCGAAGCCCUCCACAGGGAGAAUUUCAUCAGAAACACCACUCUGGAAGUGGACCCUGAUUCUUUGCAACUGGAAAAUGUGGAGACAUUGCUGCCUUCCAAACCAACCAGCAGACCGCUUGACUCCAGUGACAUGAUGGAUAAUGUUCUUGCUUCUGAGAAACCACCAGAUGUUACCAGGCAGGAAUUAUCCAACAAUGACAUCUCCAUUACAAAUCAUGACUUCCUUGACCGCAUUCACAUAAUAGAUCCCUGGAUGGAUGGGCAGAGUGAGGACACAAAUGAUGUAAUCAUCUUUGAGGAAAGUCCCACUCUGUCUCACGCAGAUGUGUCUAUGAAGAACUUUGACAUUGAGCGUACCUCUAAAAUUGAGACAUCAAGCAGUGCACCUGCUCCUGGUACAGAGAACAAUAGUAUUGUUGAAGAGGAGGGAUUCUUACAGACUGCAACUACAGUCAGUCCUAUCACAGGCACGAUUACUGUAGUUGCCUUACCUUCGGAAUCACCUCACAAGUUGGAAGAGAUCUCAGUUUCUCCUGUGGAACCUCCUGAUGUUGAGUUGACUACUCAGAGUGACUUGAUAGACCUGGGUUCAGGCUCAGGUUUCUCUGGAGAUCAUAUAGGUCCUGACAUUUGGCCUUGGGAGUCAGGAAUACCAGAAAAAGUCUUGAAGGAAGAUGAGGUACACCAACCUCAGGAAGAUCAGGAAUCUAUAGUGGAACAGCUUGAGCCUCCCCACCAAGAUCUGACAUCCGAGGAGCCAUUCUUGGACAGGGUUCUUGUGACACAAGACAUUCGUACUAAUCCUCACUACACAACAACUGACCAAGCUCCCGUUUUUUGGACUAUGGAGACUUUGACUGUGGAGCUUUCUAUGCAGACCCAAGUAGCCCCUGAACAAUAUGAAGACUAUUUUCCAGAUGAAUCUACCACUAUGGUUACACAUGUGACCAGUCAACCCUCACUAUAUGUCUACACUUCAGCAGGAACCCAAGAUGUGAAUGCAUCACAAAGUCCUGAUACAAUCAGUUCACCUGCUGAUAAGGACUAUAUAGAACGACUUGUUACACCCACUGUGAUCCCACCAAGCACAGCAGUAGCCAUAGAUGAACAAAUUACUUCAAAAGAAAACAAGCAGAGUCAGGAAACACUGGCCUCCACAACAAAGUCAAAUGAAAUGCCUUCAACCACGCAUUUACCUGUAAUCCUAGAACUUGAUACAGUUUCUGUGGAAGGUCCUACCACUUAUUCAGAAGCUGUUGAGCUUCCUGUAACCGAAGGUAUCAUGGAGUUACCUGCACUCUUAUGGCCAGAGGUAGAAGAAUCAGAUGAAGAAGUCAAGAUUCUAGAUGAGGAGAUGGAAGUCAUCAAGCUUAUGCCUAUGGAAAACCCAGUGACUGAACUCUCGAAAGAGGAUUUAGCUGGGGAUGAGAUAUUGGUCGCAACAACAGCCCCAACAACAAUAGCUACUGAGGAACCAAGUGUAGAUCAUUCAUCUUCCCUGUUUCCUGAGCAGGACUCUCCGUUCACUCGGAUAUCACAUUCAUCAAUAGAAGAUGAACCUUUACCAGAAUCAACCACAGAACCUCUACCUACCCAAUCAUCUACUCAUUCGGUUCUUCAAGAGACGACUCCAGAGACUCCAACUGAUGUGAUACACACUUAUAUUGCAACUGUUGCAAAGGAGCCUGUUUUAUCAGAGAAUGCUGAAGAUGGAGACUCAACUAUAAUAUUUCAGUCAUCCACAAUGUCUGUCAUUCCAGAUGUUUCAGAACAUUCAGAGACCCUUAGUUCCACCACUGUACCAUCAUUUUAUCAGUCAACAUUCAAACCUACCAACCAGAUAACGUCAGAUGACUCCGUACAAGAGCACACAGCAGGAUCAAGCCCUGACAUCACAGGCCUCAUCCUACCUACCAAACUAGUGAACUCUGACAGUACUACUCUGAAAGUUCCUGUUCCAGUAAACCCCAACAUAACAGAGUUUGAUGUUUCAUUUGACAUAUUCCCAUUUGAUGGGCCAAACCAUGAUGAAGACGACGGUAGCGGAUUUGCUCGUGGGGCUAACUUGGCAAGUAUUGCCUUGCCAGCCAGUCCUGGAAGGGCGUUAAUAGUGUUUUUCAGCCUCAGGGUCACCAACAUGAUGUUUUCCGAAGAUCUGUUCAACAAGAGCUCUACUGAAUACAAGGCUCUUGAGCAGCAAUUCAUGGAGUUGCUUGUACCAUAUCUACAGUCCAACCUCAGCAAUUUCCAAAAUUUAGAGAUCUUGAACUUCAGGAAUGGAAGCAUUGUGGUAAACAGCAGGAUGAAGUUUGGCAAGCCAGUUCCCCAUGGUGUGACAACAACAGUGUACCUUAUCCUAGAGGACUUCUGCAAUACUGCUUACCAAACUAUGAAUCUUGCAAUAGACAAAUAUUCAUUGGAUGUUGAAUCAGGUGACCAGGCUGAUCCAUGUAAGUUCCAAGCGUGCAAUGAGUUCUCCCAGUGUUUAGUCAACCGCUGGUCAGGCGAGGCAGAGUGCGUUUGUAACGCUGGCUAUUUUAGCGUGGACGGGCUGCCAUGUCAGAGUAUCUGCGAUAUACAAGAAGACUUCUGCCAGAAUGAUGGGAAAUGUGACAUCAUACCUGGCAAGGGCGCAAUAUGCAGGUGUCGAGUCGGUGAAAACUGGUGGUAUCGAGGAGAACACUGUGAGGAGUAUGUGUCAGAACCGCUGGUGGUUGGCAUAGCCAUCGCCUCAGUCGCGGGGUUCCUCCUCGUGGCGUCGGGCGUUAUCUUUUUCCUCGCCAGAACUCUGCGAGACCAGUAUGACACGGAUGAUUCAGAAGACCCUUUACGAUAUUCAGAGAACAUGCCAUCUCUAGAAAGAGCCACUGAGUACAAUCCCAUGUUUGAAAGUGAAGCAACUACAGCGUAUAAAAAGUACUACCGCCAUUACCCAGAUACCCCUGCGUAUAGCACCGGCAACGCUGAGACCUCCACGGACUUCAGCAGCGAGGAAAUACGACACAUAUAUGAGAACAGUGAACUUACGAAAGAGGAAAUCCAGGACCGUAUUCGAAUUAUCGAGCUGUAUGCCAAGGACCGCCAGUUUGCAGAUUUUGUCCGACAACACCAAGUGGCGCUUGACGCUAGACGAGAGAGCUCUUCCAAUUAGUGUUGCAAACUGCUAAACCUAAGACACUUGCCUUUUUUCUUGAAUGCAAGAAGAGGUCCUCUUCAGCCAUGGUGGACUUUGCAGGGAGAUAAUUUGUGAAGAUGUAAAUGGACUUUUGAUUUUAUGUGUUUAUGGAUGAGUGUGCAACCAUCACGAUGGAUUGACAGAUUGUGAUCUAAUGUAGAAAAACGAUGUAUUUGUGAUUAUGUUUACUGUUGUUACCGAUGGGCUGAUUUAUUACUGCAUUGUCAAGGCCAUAUUCAUAAACACUUGUUAGUGACACAUAUCCGUAUCAUCUGAUCACACCAGAUAAUGCAACUAUACGUCCGGGCUUCAUGUUGGUUCCUCUCUUUUUUUAAUGGAAAGCCUAUAUUUAUUUCUUAUGGUUUUUCAUUUGUCAGUGCCUUCACUUUGAUUGUUACUCUUCGUUUUUAUUUGCAAUGUGGGACAUCAUUUCUUGUGUCCUAAAACACGGACUGACUGAAGAGAGAACGUUUCGCAAUAGUUAUACUAUUUUAAUGAAUACAGACAAGAGUAGUUCCAUACUUAUAUUUGCAACUUUAGUGUUUAGCCCUCAUGACAAUUUUUCUGUUUGUUUUGCAAAAACAGCUUAUUGAAUAAGAAUUUUCAUUAUACAAAAUUGAUUUUAACUUUCCAAUGUUUCUUUUAGUAAUGUGUUUUCUGUUUAGUGACUGUCCUGCAGUUAAUUUUUCUACUUUUGUAAAACACUUACCACACACACACACACACACACACACACACACACACACACGUCAUUUAAUCCAAAUGUUAAUGUCUGUUAUCACAACAGAUUGUUCUAUUUAUGUAUAUUUUUAAUAUCGUUGAUUUCCACAAUGAUUUU